AUGGAGAAAGACUCCGAUUCAGAAGAACAGUCAAAUGAAGACAGUACAUCGGACCAAAAACAAUUUGAAAACUUGUACGAAGCACUGAGUGAUAAAAAAAUGUUUGAAAUAAUCGAUGAACCUAUUAAGGUUAGUCCAGCUGAUUUGUUACUGAUGUUAAUUAAGUUUGCUUUACUAAAAUCAGAUACAAUAUUUCGUGAACGAAUGGAAAAUACUGUUUUCGAUGUAACUAAAAAUGUUAAUUAUACCGAUAACUGCUCCAAUGUUACUCUUUUUACUAACUCCGAAAAUCAUGCAAACGAAUUCAAUUUAGAAAAUUCGAGUGAACCUCCUGAAUCAGACACGGUAUCCCAUGAACAAACCGAAAAUACUACGAUCGAUGCAACUGAGAAUUUUAAUUAUACUUACAACUUCUCUGAUUUUACUCUUUCUCCUAAUCACGAAAGUCAUGAAGAUGAAAUUAGUUUAGACAAUUCGUAUGAAUCAUCUGACAAUCAAGACACGAAUGAAAACAUCAAUUCACAAGAAAUUUCAUCUAUUAAUAAUAACGUUGAAAAUACAUCAUUUACUUCAAAUUCGAGAAAACGAAAGAGAAAUCCUAAUGAAUGGAAAGCAACUGUUGCAAAAGUAGCUUUAAAUUCUGGUUUAGCCGGUACAUCCAAAAGUGGAAAAUUAUUUCAACAAAAGAAGAUGGGUCCAUCAUGUGAAUUAAGAUUAAAAUGUAAAGAAAAGAUAAGUAAUGAGGAAAGACAGCAGAUAUUCGACAAUUUUUGGAACUUAAAAGAUCACAAUCGUCAGUGGGACUAUAUAGCUAGGAUGUUUACAAGCACUAUUUCAAAACAAUGGUUAACAACGAUACAUAAUAAGCAAAAAUUAAGAAAUGGACUGUUUAUAGAGAAUGAUCAAAGAGGAAAGCACAAUGUAAGACCAAAAGAAGUCCCAGAAAAUGUUAUACAGCAAGUUCGUCACCAUAUUGAGUUUUUUCUAAAAGUUGAAUCACAUUAUUGUCGACAAACCACAACAAAAGAAUACCUAGAAGAAGGAUUAAAUAUCAGGAAAAUGUAUACUCUUUACCUCGAAUGGAUUGCAGAAAUAAAUGAUGAAAAUAUCUGUACUGAAAGCUAUUAUCGAAAUAUAUUUACUUCUUGUUACAACUUUGAUUUUCACAUGCCAAAAAAGGAUCAGUGCGAUGACUGUGUUUCAUUUAAUAAUUUACCUGAGGAAGAAAAGAAUUCUGCUCAAGAUGCUCAUGAUGCACAUAUUAACCAGAAAAACACUGCGCGAGAGUUAAUGAAUAGUGAUAAGGCAGAAGAUGCUAAAUCAAAUACAAAUGACGCAGAAUCAUUAAAGAGCGACAACCAAAGUGAAGUUUCGCAAGAUUCCGAAAAUGAAAGUUCUGACAAUGAAAAUUCUGGCAAUGAAAUGUCUGUCAAUGAAAUGUCUGACAAUGAAAAUUCUGACAAUAAAAUAAUAAAAUCUUAA